AAUACCCUUCUGUUAUCAGAAUCAGUGAGAAAGUGGAUAACGUUGCGCGAUAGAUUUGCCUUGACAGAUUUAUGGAAAAAAGUAGUGUUCAGAUCUCCUUUUGAAGCCCAUCUCACUCUCAAUUUUAGCUGAAAAAAGUUCUUUUCAGCAGCUGCAAGGACAAGCCACUCCUCACGAGCUAAGGAUUCCUCUUGAAAUAGGGCUUGAGAAGGGCUUCUCAAAUUUCUCAAUUGGAUUCUCUCCAGAUUCUCAAAAGCUUCUCUUGUCCUCCGCUCAAUGCCACGGAAGCGAGAUUUGUUUAUGGACUUGCAGCAAAGCUUUGCCGAUCGCAAUUUCUGAUAAAGAGAAGCCAUAGGGGAGGAGGAGAAGACCGGGAUCGCCCAAGCAGAAGCCAAUAGUUGCUCGUAAUCCGGAUGAGAAGCAAAGAAGGAGAAGUACAUGAAUCUCGAUUUCCAUUGGUCCUCUUUUCUUUUCGCCGGAAAACAAUAAAGGUGAAGCAUUCUGUGUGGUAAGAAAGGAAGAUGGAAGCCAAGUUCUUUCGGUUCUUGAAGAUUGUUGGAGUUGGAUACAAAGCCCGAGCUGAGGAAGCAGGGCGUUUCUUGUACCUCAAGUUAGGUUACAGUCAUGAAGUGGAACUCGCGGUUCCUCCGGCGGUCCGGGUCUUCUGUUUCAAGAACAAUGUGGUUUGCUGCACAGGGAUCGACAAGGAUAGGGUACAUCAGUUUGCUGCAACUGUCCGGAGUUGCAAACCUCCUGAGGUUUAUAAGGGCAAAGGCAUAAUGUACAUUGACGAAGUCGUCAAGAAGAAGGUUGGAAAGAAGUCGAAAUGAUCUCUUCUUUUCUUUGUUUACUCUGUGGAGAACCUUGAUUGUUUGGUGAUAGCUUUGGGAUAUGCUUAUCAAUAAGUUUGACUUGGAUGUAUGAAACAUCAUUUUGUGGUUUAUGUUAAUUUUCAAUCAAACAAGAGUAGAAGAUUUUUGUCUUCAAA